UUACAUGUAUCCGUCAAUGCCAUUGAAGUUUCCAACUGAAGAAGACUACUUGGGGAUUUAUAGUAUCGUGUUUUGGACUCUUACGCUUAUUGGUGUUGUUAAGUAUGCCAGCAUAGCUAUAAAAGCUGAUGAUCAAGGAGAAGGUGCUGUUUUCUAUAUAGAUUCUUUGUUUAAGUUAUCAGCUUUUUAACGGUACUUACUUUCUAGGUCUUUCUUUAAAUUGAGCCCAGAUGGGUAUUUUGAAAUGGCUUAAUUGAUUAAUCUUCUUAAUUUAGUUCUAUUCCUGUUGUUAUUUGUCUUUUUAUUCAACUGAUUCUUUUGCUAAAAUGUUUACAGUAUAAAAGAUUUGCCUUUUGCACUUAAACCCAUAUGUCUGUUAAGGAUUUUGGAGAAGAAAUGGUGGAGUUUGAGGUCUUAUUUAUUUAUUUUGUUGUGGUGGAUCACAUAUGCUGCGCCUUUUAAGAAAGUAGAAGAUCUUAAAAAUCUAUGUUCACAUUGCUUAUAGCUGCAUUAAGGAGUUGAUUAGAGAUUUCUUUUAUUAUUAUAUCUUCACCUGAUAGAAUGAAAGAAAUGAAUAUGGUUAGGCUGUAUUUCCUAAUCCUUGAAAUUGAGCUCAUUGGAUCUAUAUUAGUUGUGCUUUGAGAUUAACCAUGGACAUGUGUUGCUUAGUGUUUGAGAAGCGGAAAGGAAAAAGUACACAAAGGAUAGUGGUUCUCUAUAUGUUUUAUUUUACAAUCCAUAUUCUUUGAACUUGGAAGUUUGUAGUGCAAUUCCAUAUGAUGCAAUAUGCAAUUUUAUGUCUGAGAAUCUACUAUAGUAUCUUUUCCUCGGAAUUUCAAAUGUGGGUCAAAAAGUGUAGACUUGUGGUUGUAUGUAGAAUCUCAAAUACUGUUUGAUAUAUAAUUGUUGCACUUAAAAAAUAAAAAAAAGAGGAAAACCAGAGAAAUAUUUGUUAUUUUAUUUUUUGAAGACAGAAUGUAUACAUGACUUGAAAGAUACUUAAUGGCAAGCAAUACUUGGACAUGGAGACAUUAUUGAAUAUUGAGUUAUGCAAACAGGGAUUGAGAGGUGGAACGUUUGCCUUGUACUCUCUACUUUGUAGGAAUAUGAAUGUUGGAUUUCUUUCUUCCCAAAGUGUAGCUUCCAACAUAAGUAUUUCACGCUCUGGUUUGCAAGAGGGCAUCGGAACUAAAAGUAAGCUGGGCAAGUUUUUUGAAGAAAGUAUUGUAGCCAGGAGGAUAUUGCUUUUCCUUGCUAUGUUAGGCAUGUGCAUGCUGAUUGGAGAUGGUAUACUUACGCCUGCAAUCUCAGUGUUAUCUGCAAUGGAUGGAUUAAGAACACUGUUUCCUUCUGUCAGUAAAUCUUUGGUUGAAUCUCUUUCUGCAGCAGUUCUAAUUGUUCUGUUCCUGCUGCAGAGGUUUGGCACCUCUCGUGUGAGCUUCCUUUUCUCCCCCAUCAUGGGUGCAUGGACCUUUAGUACUCCACUUGUAGGAAUUUAUAGAAUUAUACACCAUUACCCUAGCAUAAUCAAAGCUUUAUCACCUUACUAUAUUGUCCAUUUCUUCUCGAGAAAUGGAAAGGAAGGCUGGCGGUUGCUUGGUGGAAUUGUCCUCUGCAUCACUGGUUCUGAAGCAUUAUUUGCGGAUCUUGGUCAUUUCAACAGGAGUUCCAUUCGAACAGCUUUUCUGUUUACAAUAUAUCCGUCACUUGUUCUGACAUAUGGGGGGCAGACAGCAUACCUGAUCAGGCACCCCAGCAAUCACGAUGAUGGAUUCUAUAAGUUUAUACCAGAAGCAAUCUACUGGCCUAUUUUUAUCAUAGCCACAUUGGCUGCUAUUGUUGCCAGCCAAUCAUUAAUAUCAGCCACCUUUUCUGUCAUCAAGCAGUCUGUAGUGCUGGACUAUUUUCCUCGAGUCAAGGUGGUGCAUACAUCUUCCGGAAAGGAGGGAGAGGUCUACUCUCCAGAAAUCAAUUACAUCCUUAUGGUUCUUUGUGUUGUUGUUAUACUUGUCUUCGGAGAUGGAAAAGAUAUCGGAAAUGCUUUUGGUGUUGUUGUUAGCUUAGUCAUGCUCAUCACCACCUUAUUAUUGACACUUGUCAUGAUUAUGAUUUGGAGAACUCCAACAAUCCUGGUUGCACUUUACUUCUUGGUGUUUUUCACAAUGGAAGGAGUUUAUGUGACUGCUGUUUUCACGAAAUUUCGUGAGGGUGGAUGGAUCCCUUUUGCCAUAUCUUUUAUUCUAGCCUUUAUUAUGUUUGGAUGGUUCUAUGGGAGGCAAAGAAAGAUAGAAUAUGAAUUAACUCACAGGAUUAACUUGGAAAGACUAGGAAUUAUGUUAUCUGAUCCAGGUCUUCAAAGGGUUCCUGGAUUGUGCUUCUUUUACACCAAGAUUCAAGAUGGGUUGACUCCUAUCCUUGGGCAUUACAUAAAAAAUAUAAGAUCUCUUCACAAUGUUACCAUUUUUACAACUCUCCGGUACUUAUUGGUUCCGAAGGUUGCUCCAGGACAGAGAAUUGUUGUCAAUAGACUAGGCCUUAAAGGAGUUUAUGGAUGUGUUAUUCAGUAUGGCUAUGCCGAUUUCCUAAAUCUUGAAGGUGAUGAAUUUGUAAAUCAAGUUACUGAUUCCUUGAAGGAGCAUAUACAAAAAUUUUCGGGGUGUAUAUCAUGUAAUCCUAUGGAAAUUGAGGAAGACAUUUCUGAUCUAGAGGAGGCAAAGCUUUCUGGUGUGGUCCAUAUUCGAGGAAAGACAAGGUUUUACAUAGGGAAUAAUUGUGGAUGGUUUGAUAGAAUUAUGCUGACUUUUUACGAAGUAAUGCACAGUAAUUGUAGAUCAGCAUUGCCUGCCCUUGGCGUGCCAUUACAGCAGCGCAUUCAGGUGGGGAUGCUAUAUGAGGCUUAAGAGUAAAAUAAAAUUUUGAGUUGCAAUAAGUUGCAUAGAAUGCUUGCAUGUAAUUUGCUUUCUUUAGAUUGAAAUUUAGGCUAAUAAAAAUAUCAAGACAUUGCCCUAAACCCAGGAAACAAUCUGGACAUAGAAACAAUUUUCAGAAGUUUGUAAUAUUCUCCAGCCAAAAAAUAUGGAAAAUGAUAUAAAAUGACAAAUGUAUUGUCCUUCAA